AGCGGGCGGGGGAGGGGGUGGGUGAUAGUUUCUUGUCUUACUUUCCAAUCCCAGCGUUGCUCAGCCCAUACCAUCUGAUAAAAACUUUUUACAAUUUAGAAAUGCCCGGUGAGCCUGGGCGCCCGGAGCGACAGAGCGGCGGGUGCCCGGGUGGAAGCGGCGCCAGCCCUGCCCAGCGUUGCGGCUCCUGGCGCCUGCCGCUGGGGCUGGGCUCCGAGCGAGACCGCGCGCCCGCUGCCCGGUUCACGCCGAGUCCCCAGCGGCGCGCCGCCCCGGCGAAUGGUCCCCCGAGGGCAGCCAUCCGCAGGCGCAGUUCCCUGAUUGCCCCAGCAACAAUGGGCGGUCUCCUUGGGAUAGAUUCUGCGCGGGCUGCUCCAGGAAUUUACCGGCAGGCAGGUCUGGUCCCAGCAGAGGAGACCCAGGGGUCCCAGAGCUGCGCUGGCGGGAGGCGUAAUCCGGCGGGGUGAGGGUUGACCGAAGAGCCCCGCGCGCAGCUGCUGCUCACAGUCCCCUUCCCGAGUGCAGAGCGGGCGGAGAAGUCCACUGCUUUUAAGGCCCUGCACUGAAAAUGCAAGCUCAGGCGCCGGUGGUCGUUGUGACCCAACCUGGAGUCGGUCCCGGUCCGGCCCCCCAGAACUCCAACUGGCAGACAGGCAUGUGUGACUGUUUCAGCGACUGCGGAGUCUGUCUCUGUGGCACAUUUUGUUUCCCGUGCCUUGGGUGUCAAGUUGCAGCUGAUAUGAAUGAAUGCUGUCUGUGUGGAACAAGCGUCGCAAUGAGGACUCUCUACAGGACCCGAUAUGGCAUCCCUGGAUCUAUUUGUGAUGACUAUAUGGCAACUCUUUGCUGUCCUCAUUGUACUCUUUGCCAAAUCAAGAGAGAUAUCAACAGAAGGAGAGCCAUGCGUACUUUCUAAAAACUGAUGGUGAAAAGCUCUUACCGAAGCAACAAAAUUCAGCAGACACCUCUUCAGCUUGAGUUCUUCACCAUCUUUUGCAACUGAAAUAUGAUGGAUAUGUUUAAGUACAACUGAUGGCAUGAAAAAAACCAAAUUUUUGAUUUAUUAUAAAUGAAUGUUGUCCCUGAGCUUAGCUAAAUGGUGCAACUUAGUUUCUCCUUGCUUUCAUAUUAUCGAAUUUCAUGGCUUAUAAACUUUUUAAAUUACAUUUGAAAUAUAAACCAAAUGAAAUAUUUUACUGAUAA